CCUGGACACAAGCCGCACCCGGUUUUAUAAUAUGAGAGAGAAACUAGUCUAAUAGACAGACACACAGACACAGCUGCAAAGCAAAACAACGCUACUAUGGAGAAUGAGAUUCGGACAUUGUCUUUCCCUGCCGAUAGUCCGCCGCCUCUACCGGUGAUUGUGGCUGCCAAGCUUGCCGGCCUUGCUCUUCCAAUCGAUACAUCCCUACCUCCUAAUUCUGCUCCCACGCUUCUCUUCUCUAAUGGGCUUAAAUUACAUGGAACAUAUGUGCUUCUUCGCUAUAUUGCUCGUGUUGCUAGCCUUCCCAAUUUCUAUGGACAGAAUGCAUAUGAAUCUGGCCAGAUUGAUGAGUGGCUGGAAUAUGCCCCCGUCUUUUCAUUGGGUCCUGCAUUUGAGAACGCGUGCAAGUACGUUGAUGAUUUUUUGCAGAGUCGUACCUUUCUGGUUGGUUCCUGCUUCUCAAUUGCAGAUGUUGCAAUCUGGUCUGCUCUUGCAGGAAGUGGACAGAGAUGGGAAAGUUUGAGGAAGUCAACAAAGUACCAAAAUCUCGCUCGGUGGUUCAAUUCUAUAUUGGCAGAAUAUAAUGAUGCCUUGAAUGAAGUCACAGCUCUAUAUGUUGGCAAAAGAGGAUCGGGAAAGCCAAUUGCUUCCAAAUUGAAGGAGCAACAGGGUGCCAGUAAUCAAUCGAAGAGUUCAUACGAAAUAGAUCUUCCAGAAGCUGAGGUCGGAAAGGUACGUUUACGGUUUGCACCAGAACCCAGCGGUUAUCUUCACAUUGGGCACGCGAAAGCAGCCCUGUUGAACCAGUAUUUUGCUCAACGGUACCAAGGCGUAGUUAUUGUGCGGUUUGAUGACACAAAUCCUGCCAAAGAGAGCAAUGAGUUUGUGGAAAAUCUUCUGAAGGAUAUAGAGACUUUGGGUAUCAAGUAUGUUGCUGUUACAUACACCUCAGAUUACUUUCCUCAGAUGAUGGAAAUGGCUGAGAAUUUGAUUCGCCAGGGUAAAGCGUAUGUUGAUGAUACACCACGUGAGCAAAUGCAGAAAGAAAGAAUGGAUGGGAUUGAAUCAAGAUGUAGAAACAACAGUGUGGAGGAGAAUCUGAAAUUAUGGAAGGAAAUGAUUGCAGGAUCUGAAAGGGGUUUGCAGUGCUGUCUCCGUGGGAAGCUGGAUAUGCAAGACCCAAAUAAAUCACUUCGAGAUCCAGUAUAUUACCGUUGCAAUCCAAUUCCCCAUCAUCGGAUUGGCUCCAAGUAUAAGAUAUACCCAACUUAUGAUUUUGCAUGUCCAUUUGUUGAUGCCAUAGAAGGUAUAACACAUGCUUUAAGAUCUAGUGAAUACCAUGACCGAAAUGCUCAGUAUCACCGGAUUCAAAUGGAUAUGGGAUUGAGAAAGGUCCACCUUUAUGAAUUUAGCCGUCUGAAUAUGGUUUAUACACUUCUCAGCAAGCGCAAACUUCUAUGGUUUGUUGAGAAGGGAAAGGUGGAUGGGUGGGAUGAUGCUCGAUUUCCAACAGUACAAGGAAUCAUUCGUAGAGGACUAAAGGUUGAAGCAUUGAUACAGUUUAUUCUUGAACAGGGGGCAUCAAAAAAUCUCAAUCUAAUGGAAUGGGAUAAACUAUGGACCAUUAAUAAGAAGAUCAUUGAUCCUGUGUGCCCCAGGCAUACUGCUGUCAUUGAGGAAGGAUGUGUGCUAAUUACCCUGACAAAUGGUCCUGAGAAACCAUUUGCCCGCAUCAUACCAAGGCAUAAGAAAUACGAAGGAGCUGGGGAUAAGUGUACUACUUUCACAAGGAGGAUAUGGAUUGACAAGGCUGAUGCAGAAUCUAUCUCAGCGGAUGAGGAGAUAACUUUGAUGGAUUGGGGCAAUGCUAUUGUGAAGCAAAUAGAGAAGGACCAUGAUGGAAACAUCACCCAGCUGAGUGGGAUGUUGCAUCUUGAAGGAUCUGUCAAGACCACAAAGUUGAAGCUUACUUGGCUUCCUGAAACAAGCGAGCUAGUUAACCUUACUCUGGUGGAUUUUGACUAUCUAAUUACAAAGAAGAAGCUUGAGGAAGGAGAGGAUUUCCUUGAUGCGCUUAACCCAUGUACAAAAAGGGAGACUGCAGCCAUAGGGGAUUCCAACAUGCGGAAUUUGCAGCGGGGAGAGGUAUUGCAGCUGGAGAGAAAAGGAUACUUUAGAUGUGAUGUUCCCUUUAUUAGGCCUUCAAAGCCUAUAGUGUUAUAUGCAAUCCCAGAUGGCAGGCAGCAGACCUCUUUGAAGUAAAAACCUCUCCAUUUGAAUAAUUUAAUCAGUGUUCUAAGAUUUGUCUACCUUUAUCAAACAUCAUUGUUGACUUGAUAUGCUUUUAUCAGAUGAGAAUUACUCUCUCUCUCUCUCUCUCUCUCUCUCUCUCAUUUAUAUGAAAUACUGAUGCAUCUUUCUUUUA